GCCCCCUUCGACAACGCUUGACUCAGAAACGGUCCGAGGGGCUUUUUGUCCCUUUGAGCGCACCGUAGAAACCGGAAGUGAAAAAGAAAAAGAGCUACAGCUAAACAAAAACUAAUUGACGCUAAACCAUCUAAAAUACAACUUGUCUCAAAAUGGACAGUCAACACCCAAAGAGUAACGAUUCACGCUGCGUGUUUUUUAAUACAGAUUCAGAAGACUAUCGAUGCGUGGUGAUUUUAAGAGUAAAACGAGCGACGGGAACCUUCUCCCUCGUAGGAUGCUUGUUCAUGCUCUUUGUGAUCUGGCUGCUGCACAGGUAUCACUCUCUGGCUCAGAAGAUGAUCCUCAGCCUGACGGUGGCCGCCUUCUUCGACAGCGUAGCGUACGUCAUGGGUGACUCCCAUCCAGAGGGAUCUCUGUGUGACUUCCAGGCCUGCUGGCUGACGUACUUUGACUGGAGUGCCCUGGCCUGGGUUUGCCUCAUCACAGUGAACCUGUACCUCAACCUGGUGCGUGAGGUCAGCACCAACCGAUACGAGACGUUGUACCAUGUGAUGGCGUGGGGGGUUCCUCUGGUCAUGGCCUCCUUGCCCCUGCUGAAGGGUUACUACGGCCCCGCGGGAGCCUGGUGCUGGAUCACAGACGAUCACGUAGCCUGGAGAUUUGGGAUAUGGUACGUGCCUCUGUUCAGCCUCAUCUUCUUGAUGAUCUGCUGCAAUGCCAGGAUCAUCUGCGUGGCCAACGCGAGGCUCUCCUUGGCGGAGGAGAUCAAGCCGUUGAAGUGGUAUCCGUCCGUCUACCUGCUGGUGUCCAUCUUUCCCCUCAUCAACAGGCUCCACAACGCCUUCUACCCACUGGAUCCGUCCUUCCCGCUCAUCCUGUUGCACGUCCUGUCGGCACCGCUGCACGGCCUUGCCAACGCGUUCGUCUUCGGCCUGGAUCGGGAUUGGUGGAGCCUGCUGAGCCCCACUGGCAUGCAGCUGGCUCUGCAGUCACGGCUGUGUGACAGGACCCGGAUCGGAGAGUACCACCCCGGGGCGGUGCGCUACACACAGGCCGACCUCGUCGACCUCAGCGACGACGACGACGACGACACCAACGUGCUCUUCUACUCUCCAGACAUGACCCUGAAGGACCGAGGGCCCUGAGAGAGAGAAGGGGGGGGGGGGGAGAGAGAGAGGGAAGGAGAGGAAAGGACAAAGAGAGAGGGAAGGACAGAGAGAGAGAGAGAGAGAGAGGAAGGAAGGAGGGUCGCAGCCAGAGAGAGACGCAGCGGAUUAGAAACCGAGAGGGAGGAACAAGAGGAGGGAGGGAAGGAAGGGAAAAGAUUGGGGGGACAGUCGGGCAGAUAGAAGGCGGAGAUGAGCUGUCAGGUUCCAUUAUUAAUCCCCAUCCUUUACUAUUUAAUAUCCUAAAGACACACACACACACUCACACACACACACACACCCUGAGCCGAGCUGCAGCACGACGGCGAGAGAGGAGCGUCUCUCGUCCUGACGCUCAGGGGGGGGGGGGCUGAAAGGCAAUCAUAACACGGUGUUAGUUUAGCACUCGCAGCAAUUACCUUUUCACUUCUCUACGGGGAGAAUUAGGGGGGAAAACAGACCUUUUGAAAAGCAGCCCGUGUGUCAGAAGUUGAAAGAUUGAUCUCGGUUGUGAACUAUUUCCUUCCCGGUGGGGGGGGGGGGGUGCAGUGGCAAUACAACAGGACUUUGGAGGAGGAAACGAGUCCCAAAGCAGCGUCUCCGUCCUCGGACACUAUCAGUGUUCUUUUCGCACAAGUAUUAUUUUUUUAAGACUGUUUGUAUGUUGUUGUUUUUUUAAUCGUUUUUUUUUAUGGAAUACUACAUUUGUUUGUUCCACUGUAUUUAUCAACAACCUAUGUAUAUGUAUAUAUAUAUAUAUUAUUUUUUUUAAGUGUACGCUCUAUUUUUGUACGUGCCUCGGACCGGAACGUGAGGUGUGGUCCACGCUGCUCUCAUAAUAAUAAAUCAUAAUAAUGAAACAUAAGAAUAAUACAUACGAAUAUUAACGUCGGCUUUACGAAACAAGCAGCACACGAUGACGUCGCCUCUGAUGGUUCCUCGCCUCGCGGCUCUUGUCCCUGAGGCGGAGGAGGAGGGGGGCAUGUGGCUGAGGUGUGAUUGGCGGGAUGGUGGAGUCGCUUUAUAUUCCACCUCAGCCCGGUUUUUUUCUCUCGCUUUUUUCUCCUUCCUCUCCCACACGUCGAGGUGGUUCCAUCACUGUCGGCGAGCUGCCGCCUGUCAGCUGCCGCUCUGACAAGUUGAACUAAUGAACCGACACUUGACCCCCUUUUUACCCUUGAGUUGUCGGAGCUCUUCUGCCGGGCGUCAGUGAACACCAGAGUGCAACUUUCGUUUGCAGUUCACAGAGACCCCCCCCCCACACACACACACACACUAUCUCACACACGUGCACUGUGCCCCCUCUUUCGGCACUGUUGCUGUUUUUAACUUGUUCACUCCCAUCAAAUAAAUGAGCAGCAGAGACAUUUCAUAACAAAGCU